CUGUACCUUUUCAUUUCCGCAUCUGCCAGAGGCGAUCGGAGUUUGACGCAUCCCCCAUUUGAGCAGUCUUUUCCUGGAUUUCAUUCUCAAUCAACCGAACACCAAGAGUGAACUACUUUCAUGUACUUGGACGCUUAACCUCACCCCAUCAAGUAUCUACCAGACAAUCAAACAUCCAGGAAAUUUGCCUUCACCCUUCACCUACAGAUAUUGCUGAAUAUUCACUCCAAAAAUGGCUGACGAUGAUAACUUCGACAUCGAUAUUUACGGCGACGAUACCUCCCCAGAUUAUCAGGAAUCAAAUCUGCCGACAGGCGAUGUGAAACAGGAGGACACCAGCGCCAUUCAAACUGACUCACUUCACGAUGAGCCAGCGCAUGCCAACGGGGAAGUGAAAUCCGAAGGGAUGGAUCAAACGAUCAAGCAUGAGCCUAGCAAUGAUGCCGCAAGCGGAGAUUCCCACCAAGGCAAUGGGACCCAGCAGAUAUCAAGCACCGGUGGGUCAGCGAAUAACCAGGCCCAGCCUCCCAAGCAAGCCCCCCGACAACAAGGCAUGAAGCGCAAGCAAGGCGACGACGAUGAUCGGCCGCUGGAUCCAGGCGCUUCGGCGGCCUUGCUGAUGAACGACCUGCACUGGUGGGUUAAUGAGGAAGACAUUCGUGGGUGGGCGAAUCAGAGUGGCUGCGAAGACGAGGUCAUUGACAUUACCUUCAAUGAGCACAAAGUCAAUGGCAAGAGUAAAGGUCAAGUCUACGUUCAGUUACAAUCCCCUCAAGCUGCUACCGCGCUCAAACACCAGCUAGAAUCCUUCUACGAAAGCCAGACACACAGCAAGAAGCCAACUGCCGUAUUCAACCCACCUCACAUUAACCCGUUCAAGACUCUUCCCAAGGACAUCCCUGCUCGCGAAAAGAACCGUGGUGAUCGCUCUUCGUCCGGCAACUUCAGUGGCGACCGAGGAGGUGGAGGUGGAAACUUUAAUCGGUUUAACAAUAAUCGGGGCAAUUUCAAUAACCGUGGGAAUAUAAGCAAUAAUAUGGGCUUCCAGAACCGUAACUUCUCGGGUCCCGCUGGUGGCAAUAUGGGGGGAAACAUUGGAGGAUACGGUUCCCCAGCGCCCAUCAACAACUUUGGUAGUGCUCCAAUGGGAGGAAUGAACAACUUUGGUGGCGGCUUCAAUAAUAGAGGCGGCAUGAUGGGUGGCGGUAUGCGCGGUGGCGGCAUGAACAAUCGUGGUGGACGAGGCGGCGGCAUGGGCAUGGGCAACAUAGGCGGGGGCAUGAACAUGCCAAUGGGAGGCAACAUGAUGGGCAUGGGUGGAGGUAUGAUGGGAAUGCCAGGUAACAUGGGUAUGAUGGGAGGAAUGGGUGGUCCUGGCGGCUUUGGCGGUAACCAGCCUCACUUCAACCCGGCAUUCUUCAAUCAGAACCAAGGCGGCGACGGUAACUGGAAUCCUCACGGCGCGAAACGUCCUCGACCGGAAUAACCGCUAAUGCUUGAGUCUCACUUGUAGGUUUGGGUUUCUCUCCCACUCCCGGUCUUUCGCCCACCGUUUCAGACAGUCCUGCAUUUUCUUCAUCUC